UAUGAGGACCACGCCUCAGAGAGGCCUGAGAUUCUCUCAACCAGGGGCUUUGCUUCCCACGACACAGAGCGAAGUGGCAACUGGGAUAUUUCUGCUAAAACUGAAAGCAAGAGAAGCAGGGUGCACACUUCACGAGAUACCAACCCCUGGGGGCUGUGGGUGGGGUUUGGUGGGGGUUUGGGUGCCAUCCCCCAAGUCACAGAUGAUUGGACCUUUCAUCCGAGAGAGAGGAGGACACACGCUGGCAAAUCAACCUCAAACCCAAGACCGCCCGUGAAGCAAUCUGAAAGGAGAAAACACAGGCACCAGCCACAGCCACAGGGAAAGCUUGGAAAGGCCGGCUGAACCGUGGCAGGCUCACUGCUUCAGCAGCUGCUCACCAGAACCGGAAGCAAAAUGUCCCUGAAAUUGCCAAGAAACUGGGAUUUCAACCUGAAAGGAGAGGCUGGGAAAAUAGCUCGGUCCAGGAGCGUGAUGACCGGCGAGCAGAUGGCAGCCUUCCACCUGUCGUCCACCCCCAACCCGCUGGAAAGGCCCAUCAAAAUGGGCUGGCUGAAGAAACAGCGGUCCAUCGUGAAAAACUGGCAGCAGAGGUACUUCGUGCUGAGGGCGCAGCAACUCUACUACUACAAGGACGAAGAGGACACGAAGCCACAGGGUUGUAUGUAUCUACCCGGAAGUACAAUCAAGGAGAUUGCCACAAACCCAGAAGAAGCGGGGAAGUUUGUCUUUGAAGUCAUUCCAGCCUCAUGGGACCAGAGUCGCACGGGACAGGACUCCUAUGUCCUCAUGGCCAGCUCCCAGGCGGAGAUGGAGGAAUGGGUUAAAUUCCUUAAGAGAGUCGCUGGCACACCCUCUGGAGGUAAGGACCCUGGCAGGCUUUUGUGGGCAGGUGUCUGUAACAUCUCUGGGAUAGGAGGGAAGUAGCUCUAGAUUUGAUCUUUCCUUGAACAGUGUCCAAAGGCCAGAGGACAACUCUGAGGCCAUGCUCAUUGUCAAGCCUCUAGCUUCCUGCCCCAGGUGAUCUCAGCUGAUGUCUGGAGUCCACCUGUGAACCUAGGGUCUGGGGCAGGAAGUCAGUUCUGGGACCUGUGACCUGCCAUGUGGGGGCUACAAGAAAAGAAGUAAUUUGGAUGGGACAGCCAAACUCAGGAGUGCCUGCCUCAGUCAUCCUGAACAGCGGCAACCUAUUACAAAAAAAGAAUAACAUGGUUUCAUUAAACAUUUCCCAAUUCCCAAACACAAUAAUUUUAUGGUGCUAAUCAGGCUGAGAUGAAGCUUUUAUAUACUAAAGCUCUAUUAUAUGCUAUCCAGCCUGCAUAAACGUAGCUUCAACCUUCCUUAUUGCCCUGGAUUGUGAAAUGGUUGACAUUUUCUGUUUUUCCCAGCCCAGCACGUUAGGCUGUCUGCAUUGACAAGGGUCAUGGAUGUUGCCUAAUCGUAUACCUCCUCUGAGUCAAAAUAUUGCCUGUGUGCUGUAGCCAACAUCUGUAUCCCUUGUGCUCGGCUCGGCCCUGCCACUGCACACUGCUUUACUGUGUCAUUAUCCACAUGGGGAUUUCUCCCUCCUCCCUCCCCAAGGCCAACAUCCUAAGAAAG